AUGGCGCGUAAUGCAUUGGUACUUAGUCUCCUUUUGGCAACAAUGCUACUAGUUAUGAUGGCAGCUCCUGUCACCAAUGCAAAGCUAGCAGGCCAAGGAGACGGUGGCGAAGCUCCACCGGAAGAUACUAUAUCUCCGUCACUAAGUGACCCUAAAGUUCUGUCAUCAAGAGACACCGGCAACGAAACCGCCAACAAUGGGGGAGAUGGCGGCGACGGUGGGGAUGGAGGCGACGGUGGAGAUGGAGGAGACGGUGGAGAUGGCGGCGACGGUGGGGAUGGAAACGACGGGGGAGAUGGCGGCGACGGUGGAGAUGGAGGAGACGGGGGAGAUGGCGGCGACGGUGGAGAUGCCGGCGAAGGUGGAGAUGGUGGUGAAGGGGGAGAUGGUGGCGAAGGUGGGAGAGAUGGCAAAGAUGGGACAGAUGGCGGUGUCGACGGGGAAGCUGGCGGCGCUGACAGGGGAGCCGGCGGAAAGUAA